AUGUCUAGCAUGCCUAUCACGCCAACACAACGGGAAAUUUUUGACACUGAUUUCAACAAGUAUUGCGUUAUUCCCAGCGAUGAACACGUGAUUGAAAACCUGUCGCGAUUACGGGUGCGGCCGAAGACAGUGAACAACGAGUCCAUAGGUUUAGGCAAUAAUCGGGACUCAAAUGUUGGCCACAAAUACAGCCAUAAAAUACAGUACGAGAAAAAUGUACUCAACUUAAGUGAAAACAGUUUCACUGAUAACGAGGACAUAGAGAAGAAGGAGUGCUCGACUGCAGGUGACAACACAUCCCAAAGUGUCUACACUAAUAGUGAUAGUAAUAGCGAUACUCUGUGGGCACCGGAACCCCAAUCACCGUCUCAUUUAACGCCACCAAAAUUACCACAAAAAUUGCCCGAAAAUCUGGUUAAAAAGUUUAACACUGAAAACGAUAUCAUAGUUAUAAACACAGGGGAGGGCAUCAUCACCAGUCCGUCUAUCGCACCCGUAGCUAACACUAGCCCGACCGAAGCCGAAACGUCUUGUAGAAGCGGUUUCUCAUUCAAUAACAUUAUUACAAACGCCGGCUUUUAUGUGAAACAAAAGCUAGGGCUGUCCACCCGUACCGGCACUGGUGUUAGUGAUGGUGUGGCCGAUGAGGGGGUGAACAGAGACGGCAAACUACCAGAGAUUCAAAAUACACUUUCUACACUUAAACUAUCGCCUGUAUCCACACCAAUACCCUCGCCAUUAGCGCCGGGCUCUCACUCCUCGGCGCCCAUCAACUAUAUGGACGUUGACCUGAAUGCCGACACAUUUAUCACAAACGCCAGUUCCCCACACAUGCCGUACAUUACAUUCACUGCAUGUGUGGCCGACGUAUGGGUGAUCGGUGUGCGGUUCGCUCGCGAUGACUACCGGGCGGUCAUGCGGUUAAUGCAAAUACUGAGUACCGGUGCCACCGACUCGGACCUUAUCGUCAAACAAAUGGCUAACAGUGGUUUCAAUGGUUGGGAUUAUCCAAAGUGCUUGAAAUACUUUUACAGUGCAUUAAAAUUGUAUAAAAAGACUUUGGCGAACUGUCCGAACCGGGAGACGGCGGCCACCGUUUACACCCUAUUCAACACAAUGCACUCAUUUGUACCCUAUUUUCUCAUGACUGCCAAAGACUUAGCAAAACUCAACGAAUUGAAGCGAUUGUUUACUGAGAAAUGCGGCGAAUGUAAAGGCCGACACUCCUACUCAUUUGUACCCUAUUUUCUCAUGACUGCCAAAGACUUAGCAAAACUCAACGAAUUGAAGCGAUUGUUUACUGAGAAAUGCGGCGAAUGUGUCGACACAACUAACGAUAGAAAGGCCGACACUCCCUGUCCAACUCUGAGCUCUACUGAAACAAUACAUGAUAUAGUUAGCCAGGGCUGUACCUCACCCAAUGAAUACAUGGUAUAUAGCGCACUACAUAAUAUAGAUGCACUAUUAAACACCGGUGUCGUAGCUAAGAGCCUACCGGUGCCGGACAUUAUUAAACCGAAGGUCGGGCCGACGUUAGCACCGGCCGGUAGUAGUGAACAAAAUCCAAUUGACUACUUGGGACUACCGGUGACGGGUAAACAGUUUGCUGUAAACACCAGUUCCCCGCACUUGCCGUACGUGACGUCUAUUGUUAAGGUUAGGGACCUAUGGUAUAGGACAGGACAUUUCGGGGCAGCCAAUCACUCGGCACUCAAUCGACUGUUACAACUGGUGGACAAACACCGGCCCACCGAUGGUAGGCCUAUGACUGAGAUCCAAUGGACACGAGUGGCCGCUGGUAUGCCCCGCGUGAGGGAUCCCAAUAAAGCCGAUACACUAGAGGUGUGCCCAAACAUGGAUAGGGCCGGCAUAGCGUUCCCCAUGUUUUAUACGCUACACGUGUUUAGCCCGGAGUGUGUGAUGUCGGACGCCGAGUGCUGUGAAAUUAAACGUUUGCGUGAAUUGUUUGCUAACAAGUGUCGGACAGCUCCCUAUUUAGAGAUGCCCGGCACUGGACCUCCAGUGCCAGCCACCAGUGUUUCCAACUCCACACCACAUCCACUCCCGUCUAAUCACAGUAGCAAAACUGAUGAACUGCGUGAGCUUAAUGUAAUAUGUGCCAAAAUUACCCGGGAGGAUUUGCUCGCCUUUACUCACCUGUGCCACUGUGUGGGCCAAACGGUUGAAACUGUGGGUCCGCUAACAGAGAAUCCAAAAAUGUUUUGGUCACACGUAUCGCAACUAAUGCUGGCGUCGGGUUACCGGACAUAUACUAAGGGCACCUGUCGCGUGAUGUUUACCGAUCACGUGACCAAAUAUUAUAAGAUUGCGUUAAAAUAUUUGACAAAUUAUACGAAAGCUGUGAAAACAUAUCCAUAUUUCUCAAUAAUAUAUGCCAUGGAUUUGAGUCAAUCAAUACAACACGAAUCUGCGGUUGUAUUGCCUUUUAAUGAGGUUUACAAUGAAAUCUGCAAUCAAAUCAAACACAACAUCACAUCCAAUACCCAUGUCUUCGAGGUAUUUGACACCGAUUUUAAAGUAUAUUGUGUUAUACCGAGUGAUGACUAUUUGAUUGAAAACCUGUCGCGACUACGGGUGCGGCCGAAGACAGUGAACAACGAGUCCAUAGGUUUAGGCAUUAAUCGGGACUCAAAUGUUGGCCACAAAUACAGCCAUAAAAUACAGUACGAGAAAAAUGAACUCAACUUAAGUGAAAACUAUAUCAACAAAUGUUAUGACAGUAUUAAUGAUUACGAGGAGAGAGAGAGGGCUCGACCGCUGGUGAUUGUUGUUCCCAAAGUUAAUACCCUGUGGGCACCGGGAUCUCAAUCACUGAUACAUCAAUCGCCGCAAAAAUUGCCACAAAAAUUACCCCAAAAUGUGAUUAAAGAGUUUAACACCGAAAAUGGCAUCAUAGUUGAGCCCACUGUUGACAAUGCCUGUCAGUCCAUCGCAACCAUCUCUAACUCAUCUAUAGCCCAGGCCUUAUAUAAAAGCUGGUUCUCAUUCAAAAAGGUUAUGACAAACGCCGUCUAUUAUGUGACGCAAUUGCUAGGGCUGUCCACCCGUACCGGUGCUCGUGUUAGUGAUGUUGCGGCCGAUAAAGGAGUGGAGAUUCGAUGUCCAAAGUUUAUACCUAGAUUAUCGCCUGAGUCCACACCUAUACCCUCGCCAUUAGCGCCGGGCUCUCACCCCUCGGCGCCCAUCAACUAUCUGGACGUUGAACUCAAUGCGGAAAAUUUUGCCACAACCGGCAGUUCCCCACACAUGGCAUAUAUUACAUUCACUGCAUGUGUGGGCACAGUAUGGGUGACGGGUAUGUCGUUUAUGUUGACCGAUCACCGGGCGAUCAUACGGUUAAUGCAUAUAUUGAAGUCAAGUACCGGUCAAAACGAUGCGGACAUUUGGGUCAACCAAAUGGCCAGAAAUGGUUUCAAUGACUGGAAUUACGAAAAGUGUUUGAAUUACUUUUAUAAUGCAUUGAAAUUAUAUAAAAAGACUUUGGCGAACUGUCCGAACCGGGAGACGGCGGCCACCGUUUACCCCCUGUUCAACACAAUGGACUCAUUUGUACCCUAUUUUCUCAUGACUGCCAAAGAUUUAGCAAAACUCAACGAAUUGAAGCGAUUGUUUGACGAGAAAUGCGGCAAAUGUCUCAUAUCUGGUCCACUGGUCAACGAAGUGCCAGUGGCCGGGAACGGGACAGACCAUACCAGAUCCUGGGCACUGAGCAGUAGUAGUGAACAGAACCCGAUUGAUUACUUGGGACUACCAGUGACGGGCAAACAGUUUACGGUUAACACCAGUUCCCCGCACUUGCCGUACAUGACGACCAUUAUUAAGGUGAAAGGUGUGUGGUUUAGGACCGGGCAUUUUAGGGCCGCAAAUCACUUUGCGUUAAACCAAUUGUUACAACUGGUGGACAAACACCGGCCCACUGAUGGUAGGCCUAUGACUGAGACCGAGUGGGAACGGGUGGCCGCACAUAUGCCCACUAAUAAUAAACACGUCGCGGAUAAAAAACUGUGUCAACAUUAUUUGCAAAACGCUCUAGACUUAUAUAAAAAGAUAUUGGAAUCGGGCCGUAAUAUGGAUAAGGCCUGCAUAGCGUUUCCCAUGUUUUACACGCUACAUGUGUUUAACCCCGAGUCAGUUGUGUCGGACGCCGAGUGCCGUGAAAUCGCACGUUUGCGUGAAUUGUUUGCGCACAGGUGUAAGACAAGCAUCUAUAUCGACGAGCUUCAGCACCUGACCAAACUAAAUGAUAUAGUAUUACCGGUGCCGUCAGCUUCGCAGCCCUCACAGUCAACGCUCAUCGCUGGAAUGUGGCCAGAAUCGUGCCCAAAUACGGGCGAACUAGGUGCGUUGCGUACCAUCUGUGCCAAAAUCACACACCAGGAUGUGAUCGUCUUUACCCACCUGUGCCGCGGUGUUGACAAAACGGUUGAAACUGUGGGUCCGUUGACUAUUGAUAACCAGGAGUUGUUUUGGUCGCACGUAUCGCAGCUAAUGCUGGACUCGGGUUACGGUUCACCCGAUAGCAGCACCUGCUCUAAGAUGUUCACUAAACACGUGACCCAAUAUUAUCGAACU